AUGGCGGAUAUUGAACGAGUAGUGGAAGAAGUUUUGAAAAAAUUUGGCGUUAAGUGUUUAAAGGAUGAACAGCGGAUGAUUUUGGACUGCGUGCUUGAUAAAAAAGACUGUGUCGCCGUGUUACCAACAGGUUUUGGAAAAUCGCUCCCAUUUCAAGCGUAUUUGCCAGUGAAGAGAGCUUUACUCCGUGAUGAUAGCUCGGGAAAGGGUGGUCUAGAAGCAGAUAAGGAGGAUAAAGUGUUCCGAAAGUGGUUUCGGCGUGUUGGAGAGAUCCGAUCGUACUUUCCUGAGGCAUCAUUAUUAGCACUAAGCGCGACUUGCACAAAGACAAUUAAAAAGAGGGUGAUAGAAGUUUUGGGACUGAAGGACUACACGAACAUUACAGUUUCCCCAAAUAAAGAAAACAUCAAGUACACUGUGAAGAAAGUAGACCCUAACAUUGAAAGUUCUUUGUUGUGGAUUUUGGACUCAUUUCGAGAUUUAAAAAAGGAGUUCCCACGGACAAUAUUUUAUUGCAACUCAAUAAGAGAUGUUGGGCGUGUGUACAACUUCAUAGUGUCUGAACUAUCAGAUGUUACUAACAUUGAAAACAUGGUUGAAAUGUUUCAUUCUGAAACAACAGAAGAUAAAAAAAAUAAGAAAACCCUUGAAAAAUUGACUGAGGACAGCGUUUUGCGCAUUAUUGUUGCUACCAGUGCACUGGGAAUGGGUGUAAAUGUUUAUGCAUGUCACAAUGUUAUAAUUUAUGGACCUCCUAGGUGUUUGAUAGACUUUGUCCAGGAAACAGGGCGAGUGGGAAGGGAUGGGGAACAAUCAUGUGCCUUUUUGAUGUAUUAUGGUCAACAACUACGGAAUGUUGACCAGGACGUCAAAGACUUCCUCACUUCAACUGAUUGCCGAAGAUUGCAACUGCCUAAGACAUUUCUUUCGGAGAGCGAGUUAAAGCUGGUACAAGGUACCAGAAUACAUACUUGUUGUGACAUUUGUGAUACAGGAUGUUCCUGUAAUUCAUGUUCUUCGACAAUUUUAGAAAAAUAUAUGACAAAUCUGUCUUUAGAUGAUGUACAUGUAAUGGAAACCUCAAGCAGUGACAGUGAUACUGUAUCAUAUGAGUAUGAAUCUGAUGAGGAUCUUGAUGAGAUUAAAUCAACUUAA